AUGACGAGUAUCGAACAGAUUCAGAUUAGCGGCGUCCGCAGUUUCGACCCCAACCCGGUCAAUCGACAGACGAUUGUGUUUCAGAAGCCGCUCACUGUGAUCCUCGGCAAGAACGGCGCGGGGAAGACGACGAUCAUCGAGGCGCUGCUGAAUGCAUGCACGGGACAGAUGCCGCCGGGAAGCGGUUCCGAGAAGAGUUCCUUUAUCUACGACCCCAAGGUGAUGGGUGAGACGGAUGUGAAGGCGCAGAUACGCCUCCUAUUCACCGGUAAAGGCGGGAAGGUGAUGCAGGUGAUACGCUCCUUUCAAGCCACACGCACACGCACCAAGACAACAUUUUCGACGCUAGAUAACACAGUGGCCUAUCAAGAUGCUGCCACGGGUAAAGUGGUGUCUAGUACGUACCGCGCAAAUGACGUGGACCGCGCUGUGCCGGAGAUGCUUGGUGUCUCCCCCGCCGUCCUCGAACACGUCAUCUUCUGUCACCAGGAGGAUGGAAACUGGCCUCUGUCGCCUCCUAAGGAUGUGAAGAAAAUAUUCGAUGACAUCUUCGCCGCUACACGGUACGUUCUUGCACUUGAUCGACUUCGAGAGAAUAGCAAAGAGUUUCGACGGCAGCAGAAGGAGCUUGAGGCCAAUUUGAUGGCGCUGCGUGAGCACCGCGAUCAGGCGCUGCAGCUGUCGGGCGACAUCGAUGCGAAGGAGGAAGCGGUGCGCACGAUUCAGUCGAAGGCUAAGGCGUUGGAGCCACAACUUAAGCAGCUCCACGACGUCGCUGCCGCGCUGAGUGCUGUGGAGCAGAACGCGGAAAGCUUGGCUCGUGAGGCCGCUAUCAUACAGGGCCGCAUUGAGGAGAAGAAGCAGUCAGUGGACCGAGCAAACCUUCCCCCAGUGAAACAGACUCUGGAAGAGAUGCUAGAGCUUAGGCGAGACUUUGGUGAGCACGUGAAGAAGUUAGAGACGGAGGUGAUGCAAAAGGACAAUCUCCUUGAUGUGGCAGAGGCGACAAAACGUACCCACGAGGAAACUGCACUGGGCCUUCGAUCCAAGAUCCGCUUCCUUGAACAGCAAGAGCAGCAGUACAAGCGAAACUGUGCCGAUCUCCAGAGAGUCGUGAAGGAUGCGUCUGGGGAGUUAGUCAUGGGGGAAGACGACAUGGACGAGCCUGGGUUACAGCGGAUCAGCGAUGGCAUGAGCGUGGAACUUCGGAAGGCAACAGAAGAGCGUGACAAGGUGCUGAGAGGCAUUGACGAUGAGGUGAAAAACAUUGAGGAGAAGCGUGCCAUUGCGCUUCGCUCGAUGGACGCUGACAGUAAGGAAAAAGAGAUGAAGGAGGAGCAGCUGAAACACCUCCAGGAACAAAUUGGCGGUGCGGAAGAGGCGCUGAGGAAACUGAAACCCCAUGUGAGUCACGCACAGCUCAAUGGGCUGCGGGAGACGAUAACCAACAUGGAGCAGCGUGUUGAGGCGGUGGAAACGCUGAAGAAAAGUAGUGAGAACUACCGGCAGCGACAUGACAUCUUGCAAAAGGUGGACGCACAGAACCGGGUCGUUGCCGAGCUACGGCAGGAGUUGGCGAGACACAAACAACGCACCGGUGGAGAGGCGGAGAUGAACCUGCUGCGAUCUCAGAUUGCGGAAAAGCAAGACAGUCUCAACGCGGGACUACAAGAGAUGCUCAUACCGGCGCUGUCGAAUUUCGGCUACGAGGCAGAUGAGGCACAAUCGCUGACACACACAUCUAUUCUUGUUGAGCGACUCAGAGAUCAGAAGGCAGAGGCGCUCCGUGUCAUUCGCGCAGAGCGCAGCGAGCUCGACCGCCAGGUUGCUGUGCUGCAACAGAAGCGGUCGCAGCACCUGGAGGACAUGAUGCGAGAGAGUGAAGAGCUGAAGCGAAAACGCGCCACCUGCGCCGCGGCGCUUGGUGACGGCGAGUUGGAGCGCUUCGAAGCUGUCCUUGACGAUGCCCGCGACACGCUGCAUAAAGCGAAUCACCGCUGCCACGCACUGGAGGCGAUGGCCACGUGCUAUGCCAACUUCGUGGAGGUUGCCAAGGGGGAGGGGAGGUGCCCGGUGUGUGACCGCAGCUUCAGCGACGAGGCGGCGCUCGACAGCUUCGUGCAGCUCAACGAGGUGCAGCAGCGGGCGUCUCCGGAAAACGUGCAGAAGGCGCAGGCAGCGGCUGUGUCGGCGGAGCGGCGGCUGCGCCGUCUCGAGAGGGUUGAAACGGACGUGCACGAGGUACGGCGACUCACUGCUAACGUCCCGGUGCUGGAGAAUCUGGUCAAAACCAUCAACGAGGAACUUGCGAACAAGCGGGCGCUCCUCGAGGAUGUGGAUCGCAAGUGCGAUGGUAUCGAGGAACAGAUGAAGCGUGUACAGGAAUUGGUGCGGGCUGCAGCGGACUUGAACGCGGUCGCCUCGGAAAUGCACGCACUUAGGCAACAGCUUGCCCGGAGGGAGGCCACCGUUGUGGAGAUGCGGGCGGACGCUGUUGCCGCCGCCGCUGCUGCUGCUGCUGGUGCCAAUGAUAAUGAUGGAUUUGCUGGAGUCCGAACGUACGAGCAGUUAUCUAGUGAGUACGAACAAGCCAACGCGGAGUUGUACCGUCUGAAUGUCCUUCUGAACGAAGCUCAGCGGCGUGAAGACGGAGAUUCGGAUCAGACACUCGCCAACGAGCUGAGUGCAAAGCGGGCGGAGUUCUACCAGGCCGAGAUGAAGUUAAUGCGGCAGAGCGAGUUGGAGGGAGGUAUAGCGCGCUGCAGAGGUGAGGCAAAUGGCUACAGGGAGCGCACCGCUGCCAUCGACGCAUGUCGGGCUGAGCUGCAGACACAGGUCGACGGUCUCAACAGCCGGCUUGAGACGCUGCGGCAGGAGCGUCAGACGGCGGAGCUCACCGCACAGGCAGGCCGUCUUGGACAAGUGGAGGAAUCCCUGCGUGUUAUGACGAGUUUGAUGCCCAAGGUGCGCGAGUAUAUCACGUCGCGCUACGGUGAGCAGCUCGCCACGGCGCGGGAAAAGUUGCGCGGCGCUGAGACGCUGAGUCUCACUGUGACCGAAGAGGUAAAACAGCUACGUACGGAUAUUCAGGAGGCGCGGCGUGUGGUGGACGAGCAGUACCGCUCUGCGGCGGAGAUGGAGAAGCAUAUCGAUGUGCUCGAGAAGCGCCAGUCAAUUGUGGAGGACGAGGCGCGGUUGCAAGAAGUGCGCCGGGCCCUUUCGGAGCUGAAGGGCAAAGAAGUGCACGGCGUGGCGGCGGUGCUUGGCAGCGACGUCAUUGAGCGCGAGAGCGUAUCGCGCAUCCGCGAACUCAUCCGCGACAAGACGGGCGAGCUGGAGCGGGCCCGCGCACAGCAGGAGGGCAACGUGGAGGCGAUGGUGCAGGACAUCGCAGGCCUCAAGCGGCAGCUGGCGCGCGACAAGUACCAGGACGUUGAGAAGCGGUACCGCUCAACGUUUCUGAAGGUGCAGACGACUGAGAUUGCGGUGGCAGACAUCGAAAAGUACUACAGGGCAUUGGAGAAGGCGGUGCAGUCGUAUCAUCAGGAGAAAAUUGCGCAGAUCAACCAGAUCCUCGCAGACCUCUGGCGGCAGACGUACAAGGGCAGCGACAUCGACACCGUCGAGCUCCGCUCCGAGGACGACGUCACGUCGACGACGGCACGGCGUAGCUACAGCUACCGCGUCGUGAUGAAGCGGGGGAACAGCGAGAUGGACAUGCGUGGUCGCUGUAGUGCCGGCCAGAAGGUGUUAGCGUCGGUCCUCAUUCGCCUCGCACUCAGUGAGGCAUUCUGCUGCGACUGCGGCAUUCUCGCGCUCGAUGAGCCGACAACGAAUCUUGACGAGGACAACGCUCGCUCUCUCGCGGAGUCGCUGCGGCUGCUCAUUGACAGGUACCGCUCGCUCAAGCAUUUCCAGCUGAUCGUCAUCACACACGAUGAGCAGUUUGUGCGGGCACUCGGGGGGCAGGCGCUGGACACCUUCUACUACAUUCACAAGGACAGGGAGGGGGCCUUCUCUGUCAUCGAAGAGCGCACCUUUGAUCAGCUUUUUGCGGCCUGA